AUGGGCGGUCAAAAUGAACGCGACGCCCUAGCUCUCCACUGGCCGGAUCACAUUUCACCCCUAACUCUGCAGCGAAUGUGUUUAGCCUUGAUGAGUGGUACUGUUGGUCGGCAAACAGAUCUUCAAUACAAGCUUUGUGUACUUUACAAGGCUACCAUCUUCGUCAGUCGGUGGCUGCGAUUUUCCUCGCCGGGGGGAUUAUCAGACUGUUUAGCCAAAUCUAGAAAGCAGUAUACUGCAGCUUUCCUUGAAUCUCUCAGUAUGAUUGACUUCUCGAGGUCUCCCAGCCUUGCAAUGCUACAAGCGCUUCUUUCUGGUGUCGGUGAUCCUCAGUCCCUAUGCAGAUAUGUCGUUAACUUAUAUCAGGCCACACUAGUACAGCUUCUUGGAGACACGACAAGAUCUUGGCACCUGACUGCUCUAGCCUCCCGUGUUGUGGUAGCUUUGGGUUAUCAUACCUCGACUUCGAUCGGCUGUGAUGCUGACGAAGAAAUCGAAAUUCGUCGCUGCUUGUCUUGGUGCUACUAUAUGGACAAGACACUAAGCAUGCUUCUAGUCCGUCCUACAUCUUUACCCGUCCUUGCGUCCGACCCGGUAGAUCUUCUCAACACGGUUUCUGAAAAUCCAUUAUCAUACAAAGUCAGGAUAUUGGUGAAACUCGCUCAAGUUCAGGAUAUCUCGUUAUCUCUCAUGUUAAAAGGUCAAAAAGAAGAGCUCGCAAUGGCUCAGGAGCCUGCUUUGCUUGAAGACCUUCAAAAUAGACUAAAGUCUAUCAGUGAGGAGAUUCGGCAGUCCCGUCAGAAAUUUGCUGAACAGCCCGCUGCUAUGAUUGAAUGGGAUGCCAUUGACUUCACUUUCUUUUCGAUCGCAACGAGUGUCCUUCGCCUUAAAUCAUUAGCCGUGCAAAACAAUAGUAGACGCCAAGAGUGCUUGCGGUACGCACGGAGAGCACUUUUCUCAAUGCAGGCAUGCCAGAAGCAUAUCUCUGUUCUACCUAAUCUAACAACAGACUUCCUCUUCUGGUAUGGUACCUUUAUCCAAAAAGUACGAUGGUUCUGA